AUGGCUGACGGAGGACCGAGUAAAGGCGAUAUUGAAUCUAUUUUUCAAAGAUUACGUUCUAUUCCUGCUAACAAAGUAUGUUUCGACUGCAACGCAAAGAAUCCUACGUGGUCGUCAGUGACGUACGGAGUGUUCAUUUGUCUGGACUGCUCAGCUGUGCAUCGGAGUCUAGGCGUUCAUCUCACCUUUGUACGAUCAACCCAACUUGACACUAAUUGGACAUGGAAGCAACUUCGAAACAUGCAACUAGGCGGAAAUUUGAACGCAACGCAAUUUUUCCGCACUCAUGGAUUAGUUACGGAGGACGCUCGGCAGAAGUACAGCUCAAGAGUAGCGCAAAUGUACAAAGAUAAAUUAAAUAGCUUGUCAGAACAAGCCAUGAAAACAUAUGGCACCAAACUACACUUGGAUGCAGUUGCAGAAGUGAAAGAAACACAGGAGAGCAAGGAGGUAGACUGGUUUGCAGAACAUACUGACACAACUAACUCUAAUUCACAGGAAAACACAUCUGUUAUAUCACCCGUCAAUAAUAAUUUUAGUGAAGAUGCUCGACUUUGGGGAAUGUCUGAGUCAAACUCUAACAUGCAGCCGUCAGGUAAACCGGUUGCCAGAGCCCCAGCAAGGAGAACUACUUUGGGAGCUCGAAAAGGAGGUCUUGGAGCUACAAAGGUGUCCACCAACUUUGAAGAUAUUGAAAGAGAAGCUAUCAUGGCUGAGAAACUCAAAGUAGAGGUCGAAGCGGCGAAUACGGCUUCGGCGGAGGCAGUUGCACAGGAAGUGGCCGCCAUGAGGUUGCAGUAUAAACCAAGUGACCAACGCAAACAUUCUGACAGGCUAGGAAUGGCUAGCACCAUGGUGAGGGACAAAGGUGGUGUGUCACACAGUGCGACUAAUGCUAUGCAGAGCAUUGAACAGGAGGACGCUCCCACGUCGACGUCGCAACACGACAUCGACGACUUUGCAGCCGCCUUUACCAUGAUUAGAAACGAACCAUUCAGCAGUCGCAGCGUUGACCUUGGUUCGUCGGGAGAUCGCGGGGCGCCGAGCGAAUCGGGCUGGGAGAGUAUUGAACCGGAGCCUCUUCGACCCGUACGGUCCAUGUUCAACGCCGAACCAUCGCCCUCAGGUGGAAAGUCUAAUGAAACGCGUCGACCUGCGAGGAAGCCGGUGGCUGAGGAUGAUGACUCUGCUGUCAAGAAGUUUGGCUCUGCUAAGUCCAUCAGUUCCGCGCAGUUUUUCGGAGGCCAAGAUAGUUCGAGUGGAGGGGAAUCGGCCAUGUCGAGAUUCUCGGGCAGCUCCCACAUAUCAUCGGCAGAAAUGUUCGGAGGGGACUCGGCGCGUCCGCAGCGACAACCGGCUUUCACUGUCUCUGCUCCUGACCUUGACGACGUUCGCGAGUCCGUGCGAAUCGGCGUGACACGCGUCGCUGGUCGCCUAUCCUCUCUCGUUGGCAACGUAGCCAAUGGAGUUUAUUCCUCUAUACAGGAGAAAUAUGGUUACUGA